AUGUCACAAAACGGCGACAACAUCUCCAGCGAAAUGAAAGCGGUCCCUACAGAGUCAGUGUCCACCAUUGACAGGACUGGCUCAGAGAUCGCCAGUCAACGGCAAGACGAUGCGCUCGAUUUUCUCAAACAGCACAAAGGCGAGGUCCAGGCAGAGAACCCCAAUAGUUCGUCUUUGGCCAGAUCUCUUCGUAAACGGAUUGAUCUUCGAUUGAUGCCGUUCCUGUGCGCAUGCUAUACCCUGAACUUUAUUGACAAAGUUCUUCUCAACUAUGCCAAAAUCAUGGGCUUGGAAGCCUCCUUGCAUCUGGCGGGCAACGACUAUUCCAACGCAUCUUCAGCCUUUUACAUUGCCGUUCUGCUGUUUUCACUCCCCAACAUGUGGCUGCUCAACCGCGUCCCAGUCGCCAAGUGUCUGGCCGUGAACCUGAUCGGAUGGGGUCUCUGCUCCGCCUGUCAUGCCGCCAUUCGCAACAAUGCCGGGCUUGUGGCGGUUCGCGUUCUCAGUGGUGCCUUUGAGUCUGGUAUUCCGCCCGCCUUGAUGCUCCUGAGCAGCCAGUACUUUACCUACAGCGAGCAGGCACCGCGAUUCGCGUACUGGUACAUGGGCAUGGGUAACGGCCAGAUUCUGGGAGCUCUCAUCUCUUUUGGUUUCCAGCACAUGUCGCCCACGGCUCCCCUAUCUAGCUGGAAGACCAUGUUCCUGGUUCUCGGUCUAGUCACCAUGACUGUCGGUCUGCUCGUCUUGCUCUUUGUUCCCGACUCACCAAUGAAGGCCAAGUUUCUAUCAAAUACUGAGAAGAUUGCUCUACUUGAGCACAUCAAAGUGAAUCAGACUGGCAUUGACAGCCGGAAAUUCCACCCCGGUCAACUCCUAGAGGGACUGCUCGAUCCAGGCUGCUGGGGCAUAUUCUUGUUGAUUCUUUUGCAAUCAUCUGGUUCCGGUGUUGUCACUGCCUAUUCUGCCACCAUCCUUACUUCCUUUGGCUACACGCCCAAGCAGGCUGCCCUCCUCAACAUUCCCUCGGGAGUUGUCAAUAUCAUCUGGACACUCAGCGCCGCAGUGAUCGUCCGAUAUCACGGUAGACGAUGGCUGAUCAACGUAGGAGCAGGUACAGUCGCGACCAUGGCCGCAGCACUGCUAUCAUUCCUGCCCAAGACCAACAGGCCUGGCCUCCUGGCUGGAAUGUAUCUAAUCAAUGUCCUUCCUGGUGCUUCCAACAUUGCCUUUCAGUGGCUCACUUGCAACACCGCUGGACACACCAAGAGGACCUACGCUACGGCUGGCAUGAAUGCUGCAUUCGCCAUAGGCAACAUUAUUGGGCCUCUGACCUUUAGAGCCAAAGAUGCCCCCCAGUUCAAACCGGCUAAGCUGACGCUGGUCAUCAUGUGGGCUGUAUCCAUCUUGGUCAGCGCAUGUUGUGCAUUUUAUUAUCACUGGAUGAACAAGUCCAGGACGAGAACUAUUGAGGUCGUAGAAGACGAGGUUGAAGCCAGCAAGGCAUAUGCAGGAUUGACCGACAAGGAGAACAAGAGUUUUGUCUAUCGCCUGUAG